AUUCCUACAGUGGCUAUUAACUUUGUUAAGUAAUUAACCUCUUUAUCAGCGUAAUUAAAAGUGCAGAUAGUUAAUUUAUUAAUUCAUUUUUAAUUUUAAAUCUACUUAAUUACCGCGUACUCAGCUUUUAUUCAUUUCUUUCAAACAUCAUUAUGGCUCCUGUAGUGGAAAAAGUUCUAUCAGGAUUUCUUUUAAGUGAAGGUCCACAUUGGGACGAUAAAAAACAGUGUUUAUAUUUUGUGGAUAUAUUAAAAAGUACUAUCAAUAGAUACGUACCCAGUACUAAAGAACAUACUUGGGCAAAACUUGAAGAACAUAACGUCUCUAUAAUAAUACCUGUGAAGGAUAGAGAGAACUAUUUCCUUGUAGCUCUAGACAGAUCUGUAUGUUUGGUGAAUUGGGACGGUCAAAGUAAAGAGGUCGCCAACAUUGAAAGACUUGUUGAAGUAGAGGAAGGUACAGAACACGUAUUGAACGAUGGAAAGUGUGAUAACACUGGAAGACUAUGGAUAGGCACAAUGGGAGCGUCGGCGAAAGCAUUACAAAAUCUAAAAGAUGGACAAGGAGGAUUUUACAGUAUCUUUAACAAAACGGUUCAGUUACAUAGAGACAACGUUGGUUGUUCGAAUGGACUUGCAUUUAACUACAAGCUGAAGAAAUUGUACUAUAAUGAUUCCUUAAAAGGAACUCUAGAUGAAUAUGAUUUUAAUAUUGAAAGUGGAACAAUCUCUAACUUAAGCCACGUUUUGAAAAGUUUCGGUGAUGACGAAUCCGAUAAAAAAGUGCUUGUUUUGGAUCCCGAGGAGUUUUCUGGUGUAUACGAUGGUAUGACUAUUGAUUCUGAAGGAAAUCUCUGGGUUGUGAUUUUUGGUUCAUCAAAGAUAGUGCAGAUAAAACCAGGGAAGCCAGCAACUAUCUUGCAGUCUGUAGAGUUUCCAACUCCUCAAAUAACCUCCAUAGCAUUUGGGGGUCCUAAUCUAGACGAGCUCUACGUUACAAGUGCAAAUUUUAGCUCUCAACCAAAAGGAGAAAGUCCUGGAUGUUUAUUUCGGGUAACAGGACUAAAUUGCAACGGAAUUCCCGCUGACGUAGCUGUGAUAUAAAAAGAAAUGUCAACUAAAAUGAAGAUUACUUUAAUAAAAAUAUGAUAUUUCAAUAAAUAUUUCAC